AUGAAUGGUAUAUUCCACCCGUGGAACGUUUCUGGAACAAUAUUGAACUGCUUUGAACUUGUCAAGUUACUUGCUGCUAUUUGCUCUUUUUCUGUCGUUGGAAUUAUUUUGAUCAUUCGACAACCCCCAAGUUUCAAUCGAAUUCAAUACAAAAUGGUAUCCCGCAAGGUAUACAAUAUGUGUCAAGGGCAGACAGUGACUUCAGAGUUAGCUCGUGACCCAUCGCAGUGUCCGCAGAAGGUCUUCCAUGAGCUGUUCGAGAGUCAUCAUGCGUCGCGUACAUACGAGGGCAGAGAAGAAUCAGAUAUCGACAAAGCAUCGGAAUGGGAGACAUUGAAUGAGCUGCAGAAAGCUCGCGCUUGCGGGAACUUCGGGUCCGUGGAAACCAGUGAUCUAUUUCUAAAGGUGAAUUAUUUUGAUGUAUCAACGAUGAGGCAGGAGAACCUAACAGAUGUUAAACAGGUUUAUCAUGACGCCUUAUGUUGUUUAGAAAAGAACCCAAUGUCAGGGGUUGUAUCGCCCCAGCUGAUGGGGAGCACAGGAGUUCUACCACUGACGAUUGUCGCCCCGUUACCUGAUCUCUGUCGCCAUUUAGCGAAUUGUAUUGUGCGUGCUGAACAUGAAGUCUUUUUGGGUACCAAUUUCUGGAUCCACUCGGACGCAUCAACAUUAGUGACGAAUGCCAUUCGGGAACUUUCCAAACGAGCAAGCGAAAGGGGACAGAAAGUAGUUAUGAAGAUAAUCUAUGAUCGUGGAGAUCCUCGUCAAGCAUGGGACAAUAGAUUGAGUGUCCGCGAGGACCAAUAUGUCGGCGGAAAGGUGAAGCUACCCGCUGCGAGUGAGAUCCCCAAUGUUGAUCUCCAAGUCAUCAACUUCCACCGGCCUGUCUUUGGAACCUUCCAUGCAAAGUUUACUGUUAUUGACCGGCGGAUGGCUAUCAUACAGAGCAGCAAUAUCCAAGACAAUGAUAACCUUGAGAUGCUAGCUCACAUCGAGGGGCCGAUCGUUGACUCUUUCUAUGAUACUGCUCUGUUGUCGUGGGGAAAGCUUCUCGACCCGCCAUUUCCACUCCUGAACUCUCCAGCGAGGGAUGCUCCGAUACCAUGCCACGCGACAAAGAACAAUGAUAUGUCUACGGAGAAUGGAGAUGGGCCUCUUCCUGAGCAUACUACAAACUCUCCAUACUAUGAUAGGGACCUGGAACAAGAGGCCCGGAGAGUCAACGGAUGUAUUUAUCCACAAAGUGACGAAACACGCACACAGGCUGUCAGCCGUCAUCUUAAUACCACUAUCCAGCCCGACACAACAGGCGAUGCACCAGAAACCGACCAGGAUAAUAUGUUCAACCCUUAUAUGGUCCUACCUCGCCACGAGCCCUUCGCAAUGGCAAUGGUGAACAGGGAACCAUAUGGGUCUCCAAACCAUAGCAGCAUCUACACCCCGCAAAAUUCAGCGUGGCUGUCCGCAAUCAAUAACGCCCAGCAUUCAAUCCUCAUUCAGACACCAAACAUGAACGCCGAGCCUCUAAUAGAGCCACUCAUUGACGCCGCCCGUCGCGGCGUCAUGGUGUCUUGCUAUCUCUGUCUUGGCUACAAUGACGCAGGCGAGCUCCUCCCGUUCCAAAACGGAACCAACGAAAUGACUGCGAACAGGAUGUACAACUCGCUUGAUACCAACGAAGAGAAAUCUCGUCUGCGAGUAUGCUAUUAUGUCGGCAAGGACCAGACUCGCCCGAUUCAUAAUAGCUUCAAGAAGCGGAGCUGUCAUAUUAAGUUGAUGAUCGUUGAUGAGCAGAUUGCGAUUCAAGGAAAUGGAAACCUUGACACCCAGUCAUUCUUCCACAGCCAGGAAGUCAAUGUCCUUAUUGAUUCUAAGCUCGUUUGUCAAGCUUGGACGGAGUUGAUCAAUCGCAACCAAAAUACUGCUAAAUAUGGCGCUGCGAGUGAGAAGGAUGGCUGUGUUCAUGAUCCUGAGACUGAUGAGAUUCCGGCUGGCUCGAUUGGACCUGUGCCGGGUCGGUUCAGUUGGGCCAAGGGGGUCAUUGGUGCUGUGCAGCGAGUGAGAGGUGUUGGGGGAUUCUAG